AUGGCUGCUAGAGUGUUGCUACAACGGCGCGCCGCGCCGUUAGCAGCGACGGUUAUGCUGGGAGGAUUCGCCCUGGCACCCCGAACUGCCUACGCUGAAGCUCCCGAGAGCAGCUACUCCAAGAAGCCCAUCUACGACGACCUGGAGCUCCCCGCGACGAGCGGCACUCUCCCUCCUCCGAUCCCCCGGGCCGAGCAGCCUCCCCAGGCCGAAGAACCCAAGUCGCGAGGACCUACCCCUACCGACCGUCUCGCCGUCCAGAUCGGCAAGGCGCGCCUCGCCCUGUACCAGUACGCUGUCGGUGCCGAGGACGCCGUCAACCGGACGAUGGACAAGGCCUUCAACCUCGAGCAGUCCUUCACGGGCACGAUCGCAUCCCUCGCCCCGCCCCGCGAGAGCGGCGAGAAGCUGAUGCCCGGCGCCAUAUACGUCCUCGUCGCCGCCAUGGCCGGAAGCAUCGUCACCCGCAACCGUAGCAUUGUCCUGCGCGCCACGGCGCCCCUGGCCUUCGGUAUCACCGCCGGCUGGACCGUCCUGCCCAUCACCAUGGGCAACGUCUCCAACCUCACCUGGAAGUACGAGCAGCGGUUCCCCGUUAUUGCGCAGGGCCACCUCAAGCUUCGCGAGAGCAUCGAGAACAGCUUGAGGAUGGCGAGGCUCCACAGUGAGAUUGGUGUAAGAUAUGUUGACGAGAAGGUCACGGAUGCCCGGGAAACCGUCGAGGACUGGGUGAAGAAGGGCAAAUAA